AUGGAGAAGAGGAUUGCCAUCAUCGGUGCCGGAAUCAGUGGCCUGCUUGCAUGCAAGCACACAAUGGAGAAGGGUUUUAACCCCAUUGUGUUUGAAGCAAGGAGUGGCAUAGGCGGAGUUUGGUCUCAAACCAUACAGUCUACAAAGCUACAGACACCUAAAACAUUUUACCAGUUUUCAGAUUUUGCUUGGCCACCUUCAGUUAAAGAGACUUUCCCUGAUCACAAACAAGUACUGGAGUACGUUAAAUCCUAUGCUGUUCACUUUAACAUCCUUCCUAGGAUCAGAUUUAACUGCAAAGUUACUUGCAUAGACUAUGUAAUACCAGGUGAUAAGGAUUUACCAUCUUGGGAUUUGUGGGGUGGCACUGGUUGGCCUUUCUCUCCUACUGGAAGAUGGAACGUAACUGUACAGGAUGCCAGGGAUCCCUCUGUACCAGUUGAGGUUUACCAACUGGAUUUUGUGAUCCUUUGCAAUGGAAAGUACAGUGACCUGCCAAACAUGCCAGAGUUUCCCUUGAACAAAGGGCCUGAAGUGUUUAAUGGGCAGGUCUUACAUUCUAUGGAUUAUGCUGCAAUGGCUAAUGAUUGUGCUGCUGAGCUGGUUACCAACAGGAGGGUUACGGUUAUCGGCUUUCAGAAAUCAGCAGUGGAUAUAGCAGCAGAAGUUGCAAACAGAAAUAGUGUAAAUCACCCAUGCACCCUGAUAUUCAGAACUGUCCAUUGGCUAGUUCCUGAAUACUUUCUCACACUCACCUUCAAAAGCUUAAAUCGCUUCACAGAGUUUAUGGUUCAAAAGCCUGAUCAAGGAUUUUUCAUUUGGCUCUUGGCCAUUUUGCUUUCACCUCUGCUGUGGAUAUUUUCAAAAUUAACGGAGUGCUAUCUGAAGUGGAAUCAGCCAUUGAAGAAAUACAAUAUGGUCCCAGAACAUGGCUUCCUGAAACAGAUAUCUUCAUGCAUGUUCACAGUGUUGCCAGCCAAUUUUUAUGACAAAGUAAACGAAGGAAGUCUCAUCCUAAAGAAAUCACAGAGUUUCAACUUCUGCAAAAAUGGUUUGGUUAUUGAUAGCGAGGAGACCCCUGUGGCGACAGAUAUCGUUAUCUUUGCAACUGGAUACAAAAGUGACGAAAAGCUCAAGAACAUUUUCAAAUCAGGCUACUUUCAAAAAUGCAUCACCGAGUCAUCAGCUCCCUUCUACAGGGAGUGCAUACAUGCCCAGAUACCACAGCUGGCAAUACUUGGGUAUGCAGAUAGUCCUGCAAUCUUGUACACAACAGAAAUGAGAAGCAAGUGGCUAGCACAUUUUCUUGCUGGAAAAUUUAAGUUACCAACCAUAAAAGAGAUGGAAGCUGAUGUGAAAGCAUGGGAGAAAUGCAUGAAGUAUUAUGCGAAAGAGAGCUACAAAAGAUCAUGCAUUAGCGUGUUGCUGCAAAUCUAUUGCAAUGAUCAGCUGUGCAAGGACAUGGGGUUUAAUCCAAGAAGGAAAAAGUGGCUUCUACCUGAGCUGUUUGCUCCUUAUUGUCCUGAUGAUUACAAAUACCUAUGUUGGCAAACGUAG